CAUCACUAAGGUAUGGGAACACACGAAAAGGUAAGAAGCGAAACCGGCCUUACUAGUAUAAAGGUGCACAACAAUGGUGGAAAAUUUUGGUUUCAGUGUUCGAAAUCCAUUUCAAACAAUCAAAACCAACUUCUCACAACCUAAUCGCGAUUGAGAAAGGAAAGAAGGCGUUGAGUUUAGGAAAGUAAGUGCAUCGGCCAUGAACAGAGUAAUCAUAUCUUCUGGCAACGAACAUGAUUCCAUAAUCAAUCGGGACACUAACGAUUGGUGCAAUGAUGCUGUUGUUAAUACCCUUAAACCUGCUUUCUGGGUAUACGCAUCAUUCAUGAUCAUCAACCAAAGAUAGAACUAACAAAUGGAAAUUUACAACAAGCCAGAAAAAGUUCUGGGUGUCUAUAAUCUGGGAAGAGUCGUCUAUCUACAAAAUACAAAUCCCAGUUCGCAUUGGUUUUGAUUCAUGGAUCGUUGUUCAUAAAGCUCACAAUAACAGCGGGGUUUUAAUCGAUAUCGAAUUCAAAAGCUUAUGUAAAACAUGUUCUUCCUUUUAUCUAUAUCUAUUUCUUGAAACAGUUGCUUAAGUUCUUGCGAUCGAUUUUAUGUAAUUUUGUUAUGAAGUUUUUGGUUUUGAGUUUGAGGUGGUGUGAUGAUUUGAUUUGAUGAUUGGGAGUUGAGUAAUGUAAUUGUCACUGCACCAAAGCCUGACAGCGGCUCCUAUUUAACAAAGUAAGAAUUUUUUAUUUAAUUUUUUUGGUUUUGAUUAAAACGGAGUCUGGAAUGGAUAGAGAGGGUUUUUAUAGAGUCAUAGAAAGAUGUAGAGAUUCUUUACUAGACACGAUUUUUUUUCUCUUUUUCUAUUAAUUCCAAAUUUUAAUUUGGGUGGGUGAGGGUUGAUUUUUUAAGGACUAGGGUUUCCAUUCUUUACUUUACUCAUCUAUUUGGGAGCCCCUUUUCGCGAUUUGGAGUUCAAGAACAUCUCUAAUAGGGUACGAUUCGACGAUCUUUCUUCAAAUCUCCAUCUGGGUUCAUCGAUUUCUUCAAAUUUCUCAUCUGGGUCGAAGGUCUAUUGCACGCAUCAUUCUGCUAGGGUUCAUGUAUUAGAAGAUGUUUCAUGCUCAAGGAACUGCAAAACACACCUGUUGCAUGCUGGCAGUUUUAUCUGGGAGAAAUUCAAAUAAUAACAACGAUUAUGAUGCUCAUCGCACUGCCUUCAAUUUCCCCUUUCCUGAGAUCACUUCUUCCGGACGUUUAGAGGUUCAAACAUUAAACAAUCCUACCACCGACGAAUUCCGUAAGGUUCUGGAUUCUGUACAACCAAACAUCGUUUAUUUUCAAGGAGAAAGGCUUCCAAACGAUGAAGUUGGAUCUCUAUGGGAAGGUGCUGAAGACUUACCCGGACUCUUCGGUUCGUAUUUGCCCACAACAGUCUAUUUAGAAUUCCCAGAUGGUGAAGAAGUAGCAGAAACACUCCACUCAAAGGGGAUUCCUUAUGUGAUAUAUUGGAAGCACUCCUUUUCAUGUUAUGCAGCUUGCCAUUUUCGUCAUGCACUAUUUUCAGUCGUACAAAGUUCAUCUAGCCAUACAUGGGAUGCAUUCCACCUGGCACAUUCAUCUUUCAGACUAUAUUGUGUAAGAAACAACCUCGUUGGUCAAUCUGAAAAAGUCAACAUCAAAUUGGGUCCAUGUCUUCUUGGUGAUCCACCAAAGAUCAAUGUCCCCCCUCCUGAAGCACCAGGGGGUGAAGAUGACGAAGAGAAAUACCCUGAGGACCUUCCUGCAAUUAAAAUAUAUGAUGAUGAUGUGAAUGUAAGGCUUCUUGUUUGUGGAUCUACAUCCAAUUUGGAUGCUUCUUUAUUGGAACCUUUAGAAGAUGGACUUAAUGCCCUAUUAAGUAUUGAAAUGCGUGGGUGUAAACUUCACAAUCGAGUUAGUGCACUUCCUCCACCCCUCCAGGCUGGCACAUUUUCAAGAGGUGUUGUCACAAUGAGAUGUGACAUUUCAACUUGUAGCUCUGCAUAUAUCUCACUUUUAGUGUCUGGAAGUGCACAGACAUGUUUUGAUGAUCAGCUUUUGGAGAAUCAUAUAAAAAGUGAAGUCAUUGAAAAAACUCAAUUAGUUCAAGCAAUAUCAAACUUUGAAGAAAAUAAGGUUUCUUUAUCUGAGCCUCGUGGGUCUGCUUCAAUAGCUUGUGGGGCCACAGUAUUUGAAGUUUCAAUGAAAGUCCCUUUAUGGGCUUCACAGGUUUUGAGGCAAUUAGCACCAGAUGUUUCAUACAGAAGUUUUGUUGCACUUGGUGUUGCAAGUGUUCAAGGGUUAGCAGUUGCUUCAUUUGAAAAAGAUGAUGCAAACCGAUUACUUUUUUUUAGUAAAAAUCAAGAAAACAAUUCCCAUUUGAACAUAAUCACCCCUCCAAUUCCUACAUGGAUGAAACACCCGCUUCCAAGUAGAAAAAGAUCCUUCACAAAUCAAGAAAUGGGUCCCGGUGUUCGUGUUAAUAAUAAUGGUCUGAUUCCGGGGAUCAAAGGAAUGGAAUCAGUAAACGGGAAUGUAAUCAGACAGAAACCAAAAGUGGCUGCAUUGAGGCCAAUUCCACACAUUCGCCACCAAAAAAUGUUACCUUUUGCUGGGAUUUCAGAGGUUAAUGGACAUGAGUUUGGAGGACAAGUGAAGACAAAUGUUUCAUUAGCACCCUCCAACAAACACAAUAGUGCAGGAUCAGCCCCUGUGACUCAUCGGAAGUCAUUAUCUAGCUCUUAUCAAGCAAAACAGUUAAUUUCAUUAAACCCCCUUCCAUUAAAGAAACAUGGUUGUGAUAGAAGUCCAAUUCAUGUUUGUUCUGAGGAGGAGUUUUUGAAGGAUGUGAUGCAGUUCUUGAUACUUCGAGGGCAUAAUCGUCUUAUUCCUCAAGGUGGACUUGCUGAGUUUCCUGAUGCAAUACUCAAUGCAAAGCGUUUGGAUCUUUAUAAUUUAUAUAGAGAGGUGGUUUCAAGAGGUGGCUUUCAUGUUGGCAAUGGAAUCAAUUGGAAAGGGCAGGUUUUUUCAAAGAUGCGAAACCACACAGUUACCAAUAGAAUGACGGGUGUUGGAAAUACACUUAAGAGACAUUAUGAAACGUAUCUUUUGGAAUAUGAAUUGGCACAUGAUGAUGUGGAUGGGGAGUGCUGCUUGUUGUGCCACAGUAGUGCAGCUGGGGAUUGGGUUAACUGUGGGAUAUGCGGUGAGUGGGCCCAUUUUGGUUGUGAUAGAAGGCAGGGUCUUGGUGCAUUUAAGGAUUAUGCGAAGACAGAUGGAUUAGAGUACAUAUGUCCUCAAUGCAGCAUCUCUAACUUUAAGAAAAAAUUACCCAAAACGCCCAAUGGAUAUUCUUGAACAAUUGAAACGAUUCUUACUUGUAACUUUUUUUCUUUUACUUUUUUUUUGCUCUUGUUUUUCUAGGGUAUGUUUGUAGUAUGUCUACAUGGGGUUUAAAAACCCAUUUGUUAUGAGGAAGAUAGGAGAAGGGGAGUGGAUUGGUUGGUUUAAUGAGGGGUAUUCGUGUAAUAUAUGUAUAUUUUUGGGCAUAUUUACCAUUUUGUAGCAGUUGUAGUAGUAUCUCAUAUCAUGUUUCUUAAUUCUUAUAUAAUAGUGCAUGUAUUUUAGCUAA